AUGACCCCGUCAGUCUUCUCAUCCGGUUUCAUCAUCGACGUCAGAGCCACUAUCUGGGCCGUCUCGUCAUCGCUUAUGUACAUCUACCCGACGCUCGUCGACGCCUUCGGAGCUAGAAACUUGCACUCGACCGGGAACUUCAUGGUGAGGUCGGGCAUGCUGGGAACCGCGUACCUGUUCAGGUAUGGUUCAGGUAUUCAUUGCAUUUUUUAUCUUGCGCGCGCUAUUCACUACGCAUGGACGGAGUACUUCUAUUUCGUCAACGUGGGCAGAGAUGGGAUUCCGCUUUUUUGCCCGACUCGGAGAGCUUGGCUUUUGACACCUUCGUGUGCCCGAGGUGUUCAGGUCCGUGACGUUGACGGCGUCAUGAUCCGCGUGUCCGACCUCUUAUGA